GAAGAAGAGAGGAGGCUGGAGAGUCGCGGGCUCAUGUGUCAACAUCCAGUCAGGUUUUCCAGAGGGAGGCGUAGGGUUGUUACAAAAAAAUAUUCCCUCGUAAAGCCUUGAAAAAAAUUCUUCCGUUUUCCCGCAUUGACACAAAAACGAACAAAUAUUGUCGCCGGAGAGUGCGAGCGAAUUUAACGUGAAGCGAGCGUUCUUCAACAAUGACGGGGUACAAAGUGCGAAUAGCGAGCAUUUAAAAUCCCAUAUCCGGGAAAGGCGUUCGUUUUAGCCGGAUAGCCAGCUCGCUCGGUGCUCGACAGGACGGAGACUCCUCGGCGAGGCGAGCGACGCUGCAGCGUGCUUCUUUGCAGCUGACAUGAUGUUUCCUCAAUCGAGACACUCGCAGGCAUCUGCUCAGUCCGGACAAGCUCUUAAGUUCACCACCUCCGACUCAUGUGACCGCAUCAAAGAUGAAUUCCAGUUCCUUCAAGCACAAUACCACAGUCUCAAGUUGGAAUGCGACAAGCUGGCAUCAGAAAAGUCAGAGAUGCAGCGCCACUAUAUCAUGUAUUAUGAAAUGUCAUACGGCCUGAAUAUCGAAAUGCACAAACAGGCUGAAAUAGUCAAGAGACUAAAUGGCAUCUGCGCUCAAGUGCUACCUUACCUGUCGCAGGAGCACCAGCAGCAAGUCAUGGGUGCCAUCGAGAGAGCCAAGCAGGUCACACCCCCAGAGAUGAACUCCAUCAUACGGCAACAGCUCCAGGUGCAGCACCUGUCCCAGCUGCAGGGCCUGGCCCUCCCGGUGGCGCCCCUUCCGCUGGGCUUGACACCACCCAGCCUGCCGGCUGCCUCAUCUGGUUCGGGCCUGCUGUCCCUGUCCUCCAUCCUGGCCAACUAUUCGCACGGCCAGGCCGCCCAAGCUGCAAAGGACGACAAGGCUCGCGGCGACGCUGCCCCUGCCCAAGGCCAAGCUGACAGGCCACCGCCCAGGCCCGAAGAUGGCGAUAAGUCUGACUAGAAGAGUGCAGGUAAAAUGGAGGCCGUGGGAGAGAAGAGAAAUGCUCCUAUGUGUGAAAAUCAAGACUUUUUUUUGUUUUGUUUGUUCGUCUGUAUGCUCGAUGCAGCUCUCUCUGUUGGCUCACUCUUUAUCACGCCUACUUACAGAGGCGCAGCGAGGUGGUGGGGGCUUUUGACUGAAUAAAGAAUGAGUGACAUAUUUUUAUCCGGAUGCAUCAGUGCAACCCUUAAACAAAAGUACUCAUUCGGCAUCUGAAUUUCUCUAAACUACACACAAAUAAAUUCUCAAAUUUGAAUUUUAUUUUUCCUCAUAACUAGGCAGACAGUAAUUCGCUAUAUAAAAACAAGAGUAAAAUAAAAUCAAUGGCAGUAAAUACCAUUUAUAACUUGGGAAUGAAUUUUUACUUAUGGCAUCACGCACGCACACACACACACACACACACACACACACACACUCCAGGGAGGAUCUCAUUCACAUUAUUAUGAACGGCUCGGCUGUUAAUAUGGAUCCCAAAGCAGACUCUGAGGCCAACAAAGCUAUUUGCAAGCUUUGAUAACAGAUAAUGAAAAUAAUUUAACAAAAAGAGCACACCAAAAAUGUGAGGAUAGUAAACAACAAAAGGUGCCUGCAAAAGUUAGUGGUAAGUGUGCAAAAAGAGUGCAGUCAGUGCUACAUAGUGCCAUUGUCACUUACACCUGACCGCCACCAAGGUGGCUGCAGUCCCCUCAGCACCCCACUUCCUGCGCCUUUGCCUACUUGAGGAAAUAUUUCAUGUAUUUUUAUAAAAUGAACUCAUUGGCUGCCAUUGACUAUGGAGGACCAGAAUGCCAAAAUUUAAAGGGAACCUCGGAUUUGGACUUGUAGGCUCUAAAAAGCCAGAAUUGCUCUCUUUUACUAAAAUGUUAUUAAAAACACAUAAGAUAUUGCCAUUGAUUUAAAAAUCUAUAAUAUUUACUACAUGUUUUGACCUGCGGAUGGCGCCAUGUUUUAAGCACGCAAUGGACGCUCGGGCUGAUGAUGUAGAUUGUCACUGUCACUCAACGAAUAAUGCUGAGUUACUGCAAUUCCUUCUACACGCGAGACGUCCAACACAUGCGCUCAUCGCAGCAAGUACUUACUAUUUGUUUUUAUAGAGUCUUUUAUUACCUUUUCAUCGCCUCAAAAUACUUUUUGCAUAUGUUUCCCCCUCUCAUACUUGUAAGCAUUGUGUUUUCUUGUGGUAGCUUUGAAGCAGAGUGUUGAUCUGUUGACCACAUUAGUCAGGUAGCGUAUUUAAACCACCCUUAUUUGAUAUUACUACGUUGAACUAUUUUCUUAUGGCAUCUUUAGUACGUUAUGUUCUUUCUGUAUGCAUCUAAACAAGCUGAAAGCUCACGGUAGUAUUUUGGGUGUCAAAUUUGCCUCAUUUGUCGCACAUUUUGGCAGAAGUUUUUUUUUUCCUUAUCCUGUCUUUCUAGUUCCUUUUUUCUUUUGCUGUUUUGUGAAAUAUCGACAGUGCUGUAAUGCUCAUUAAUGUUUCUCUCGAGUUCAAAUUGAAAGGGUUGAACAGAUGACAUGGUUAUGUUGCUAAAGUCAGCGUAACUAUGUGCUGUCACCACCCUGCGACGUCAACAACCAUGCCGGCCUACUAGUUAAAUUAAUAUUACAAAUUGUAUAAAAACGAAAACAUCAACAGGGGUUUCAAUAACAAAUUAUUUUAACUUAUAUUUAACGCUUAUCUUUCAAGAACUACAAGUCUAUCUGUGGAUUCCUUUAAUACUUGAAUAAAUAAUUGUCAUACUAUAUAUCCUUUUAGUGUUCGUUUAUUUCAAUUUAUGCAAUUUGUAUUUUUUGUUUAUAAGGAAAUUGAAAAAAUUUCAAAUGCUCGAUGGAACAGAAAUGCCAAAAUAACACACACAUACACUACCGUUAAAAAGUUUGGGAUCGCUUUGACCCCAAACUUUUGAACCGUAUUGUACAUAAUUAAAAAUCCCAUAUGAUACGCUACGGUUCAAAAGUUUGGGGUCGCUUUGACCCCAAACUUUUGAACGGUAGUGUACAUAAACAUAUCUUGAAAUUAGUUUUGAAAUAACAUUUAAUUGUUUAGUCUUGUAUUUGAUUUUGGCACUCAUGGUCCUCCAUAAAUUGACUGCGAUACUGCAAGCCCUCCUAAUUCAAGGGUUUAAGUCAACGGUUCUAUUGCUAUCAAUAGCAGUUAACAAGUUGAGGGGAAAAAAACAUGGCAAAUUUCUCCUUGUCACUUUGUCUUGUCAUAUUCCAAAUUUGAAGCAAAACGAUGACAUUGGUGUCAAUUAUUUUUCAUCAAACAGGUUUGUUGUCUUAAACCAUCCUGGAAGUGAAGUGAAGCGAAUGCGUUUCCACUUCGGCCAACAGGGUGGUGGACUCAUUGGCUUUUGGGUUGACGUGACAUGGAUUCCAGAGCUUUGACGAUUAAACAAACAAAAUAACAAAAAAAAAACUACUUUUGGAAAGCUGAAACUUUUUCUGUAUUUUAAUUUUAUUUUUAUGAUUUUAAUUUUCCUGUAUUUUGAAUUCUCUAUUUUUUCAUAUUUUAUUCUGUAUUCUUAUUUGUAUUUUUAUUAUUCAGUCUAAGCACUUACGUGUCGUCUGUGUGCUCUAUUGCUUCUAAUGAUAGUAAUAAUCUUUGUUCUCCCAGGCAAGUUGUGUGAGCGUGUGCGUGCGCGCUCGAGGCUGAUUUUUUUCACGAUUCACACAGAUGGGAGGGAAUUUCAUUAAAGAUCGCUUAAUUCGGCAAGAACUAUGUCACAGGAUAUUCAUCUCAAAAUCAAUUUUGUAGUUUCCACCCCAUUGUAAUUGCAUGUUUAGCUCAUUAAAAAGCAACACCAAGGCAAGCCAAUCACAAAUGUCAUUUCAAGAAAAUGGGGAACGGAUGGAGAUGAAAUUCUAUACGAUUUCGAAAGCGGGACUCAAAAUCCACAUGCAUCAGCCUCUAGCGCGCUCUGUGAAGGGCCAAUUUGUAUACAUAUGAAUAUAUCAAUAUACAUAUUUUUUAAAGCAUUUUUGUACGUUCCAAAGCUGCUUUUUAAUGUGUGUAUCAUGUAAGGAGCACAUUUGUGUGUGACAUUAUUUUCUUUCAAGUUCUGCAAGUCAUUUCUCACUUUGUAAAUGUUUGAUCCUCUUUUGAGCAGAGAUAAUGGGGGGAAAAAAUGAACAAACCAUGUGUGUAAUUGAAUGUUAAACAAAAAAAAAAGUAAAAGCAAGAGUACCACGCUAACAACGGCAAGGAGGAAUGCAUGGCACUUUUAGCAGUAAGGGAGUUUUUUUUGGUGCCUUACAAAUAAAA